AUGAGCACAGAUGGAGAGAUGUCCAUCUUCGGCACAGCGGCUCAGUUCCUCAGGAAGUCCGAGCGUGAGCGGGUGGAGGCUCAAAGUCGCCCGUUUGACAGCAAGACGGCGUGCUUUGUCAUCGACGACAAAGAGCUGUAUGUGAAGGCCAAGGUCACAGAGAGAGAGGGUGGGAAAGUGACGGCUAAGACGCAGGACGACAGGACUGUGACCGUCAGAGAGGAUCAGGUGUUUCCUAUGAAUCCUCCAAAGUUUGAUAAGAUCGAGGACAUGGUCAUGAUGACGCACCUUCAUGAGCCCGCUGUGCUGUUUAACCUGAAGGAGAGAUACGCAGCCUGGAUGAUAUACACGUACUCGGGGCUCUUCUGUGUGACGGUGAAUCCUUACAAACAGCUGCCAGUCUACAACCCCGAGGUGGUCCGAGCCUACAGAGGGAAGAAGAGGAUGGAGGUUCCUCCUCACAUCUUUGCUUUGUCUGACAACGCCUACCAGUUCAUGCUAACCGAUCGAGAAAAUCAGUCUAUCCUCAUCACCGGAGAAUCUGGUGCUGGAAAGACUGUCAACACUAAGCGCGUCAUUCAGUAUUUUGCAACAAUUGCAGUUUCUGGAGACAAGAAGAAGGAGAUGAGCAGUAAAUAUAAGGGGACUCUGGAGGACCAAAUCAUCCAGGCUAACCCUCUGCUGGAAGCUUUCGGAAAUGCAAAAACAAUGAGGAACGACAACUCAUCUCGAUUUGGAAAAUUUAUCCGAAUCCACUUUGGCACGACCGGUAAACUGGCCUCUGCCGACAUAGAAACAUAUCUGCUGGAGAAGUCGAGGGUGACGUUCCAGCUGGCGGCUGAGAGGAGUUAUCACAUCUUUUAUCAGCUCACCUGCAACAAGAAGCCUGAACUCAUCGAACUGCUUCUCAUCACCACAAACCCAUAUGACUUCACAUUUAUCAGCCAUGGAGAAAUCGCUGUGAAGAGCAUCGAUGAUGCCGAGGAGCUGAUGGCUACAGACGAGGCCAUCGAUAUUCUGGGCUUCACCAACGAAGAGAAAAUUGGCAUCUACAAGCUGACAGGAGCAGUGAUGCAUUAUGGGAACAUGAAGUUCAAGCAGAAGCAGCGAGAGGAGCAGGCGGAGCCCGACGGCACCGAGGAGGCUGAUAAAGCUGCCUACCUAAUGGGUCUGAACUCUGCCGACCUGCUGAAAGGACUCUGUUACCCCCGAGUCAAAGUAGGGAAUGAGUACGUCACUAAAGGACAGAAUGUGCAGCAGGUUUAUAACUCCAUCGGCGCUCUUGGUAAGUCCGUCUACGAGAAGAUGUUUCUGUGGAUGGUCAUCCGGAUCAACCAGCAGCUCGACACCAAACAGUCACGACAACAUUUCAUCGGCGUCCUCGACAUCGCAGGAUUUGAAAUCUUUGACUACAACAGCAUGGAGCAGCUCUGCAUCAACUUCACCAACGAGAAGCUGCAACAGUUUUUCAACCACCACAUGUUCGUGCUGGAACAAGAAGAGUACAAGAAAGAGGGAAUCGACUGGGAGUUCAUUGACUUUGGGAUGGACUUAGCAGCCUGCAUCGAGCUCAUUGAGAAGCCGAUGGGGAUCUUCUCCAUCCUGGAGGAGGAGUGUAUGUUCCCCAAAUCUACGGACAUGUCCUUUAAGAACAAACUGCACGACCAACACAUGGGGAAGAACAACUGCUUCCUGAAGCCCAAAACAGUGAAAGGGAAGCCCGAGGCUCACUUCACUCUGAUGCAUUACGCAGGAACAGUCGACUACAACAUCAGCGGCUGGCUGGAGAAGAACAAAGACCCUCUGAGCGAGUCGGUGGUUCAACUCUACCAGAAGUCCUCGGUCAAACUUCUCUCCAUGCUGUACGCCAGCUUCUCCGGGUCUGAAGAAGCAGCUGCAGGAGGAGCCAAAAAAGUAGCCAAGAAGAAAGGAGCAUCUUUUCAAACUGUGUCAGCGCUGUUCAGGGAGAAUCUUGGGAAGCUCAUGACCAAUCUGAGAACGACUCAUCCUCACUUUGUGCGCUGCCUGAUACCGAAUGAGACCAAAACACCAGGUUCCAUGGAGAACUUCCUGGUUAUUCAUCAACUUCGCUGUAACGGCGUUCUGGAGGGAAUCCGGAUCUGCAGGAAAGGGUUUCCCAGCAGAAUCCUGUACGGGGAUUUCAAACAGAGAUACAGGAUCCUGAAUGCCAGUGCGGUUCCUGAGGGACAGUUUAUGGACAACAAAAAGGCUGCAGAGAAACUUCUGGGCUCCAUCGAUGUUGAUCACACGCAGUACAAGUUUGGACAUACAAAGGUCUUCUUCAAAGCCGGUCUGCUCGGGGCUCUGGAGGAAAUGAGAGACGAGCGCUUGGCUCAGGUCGUGACGUCGACUCAAGCUUUGUGUCGAGCCUUCCUCGUCCGGGUUGAGUUCCAGAAGAUGAUGGCCAGGAAGGAGUCGAUCUACACAAUCCAGUACAACUUCCGCUCCUUCAUGAACGUGAAACACUGGCCCUGGAUGAAGCUCUACUUUAAACUCAAACCUCUGCUGAAGAGCGCUGAAGUCGAGAAGGAAAUGGUUCAAAUGAAGGAAGAUUUCACAAAACUCAAAGAAGACCUGAGCAAAUCUGACAACAGACGCCGAGAGCUGGAGGAGAAGAUGGUCUCCAUCGUACAGGAGAAGAACGACCUGCUGCUGCAGGUCCAGGCUGAGGCAGACAGCCUCCAGGACGCAGAGGAGAGGUGUGAAGGACUCAUAAAGAGUAAGAUCCAGCUGGAGGCCAAACUGAAGGAGGUCUCAGAGCGGCUGGAGGACGAGGAGGAGGUGAAUGCCGAGCUGACGGCCAAGAAGAGGAAGCUGGAGGACGAGAGCUCCGAACUGAAGAGAGACAUCGAUGACUUGGAGCUCACCUUAGCCAAAGUGGAGAAGGAGAAACACGCUGUGGAAAACAAAGUGAAAAACCUGACUGAAGAACUCAUGAGUCAGGAUGAAAACAUCAGCAAGCUGUCAAAGGAGAAGAAAGCUCUGCAGGAGGCUCAUCAGCAGACGUUGGACGACCUGCAGGCCGAGGAGGACAAACUGAACGCUGUGAGCAAAGCCAGGACCAAACUGGAGCAGCAGGUGGACGAGAUGGAGGCGUCUCUGGAACAAGAGAAGAAGAUCCGGAUGGAUCUGGAGCGAGGGAAGAGGAAGCUGGAGGGAGAUCUGAAACUGUCUCAGGAGUCCAUCAUGGAUUUAGAGAACGAGAAGCAGCAGCUGGACGAGAAGAUGAAGAAGAAAGACUUUGAGUUGUCUCAGCUGCAGUCGAAGGUGGAGGACGAACAAUCUCUGGGUGUUCAGCUGCAGAAGAAAAUCAAAGAGCUUCAGGCUCGGAUCGAGGAGCUGGAGGAGGAGAUCGAGGCGGAGCGUUCGGCUCGAGCCAAAGUGGAGAAGCAGCGAUGCGACCUCUCCAGAGAGCUGGAGGAGGUGAGCGAGCGUCUGGAGGAGGCGGGAGGAGCGACGGCCGCUCAGGCCGAGAUGAACAAAAAGAGGGAGGCGGAGUUUUUGAAGCUGCGCAGAGACCUGGAGGAGAGUUCGCUUCAACACGAGGCCACGUCCGCCGGGCUGAGGAAGAAACACGCCGACAGCACGGCCGAGCUCGGGGAGCAGCUGGACAACAUCCAGAGGGUGCGACAGAAACUGGAGAAGGAAAAGAGCGAGCUGAGGCUGGAGCUGGACGACUUGGCCAGCAACAUGGAGAGCACGGCCAAGGCAAAGAUCAACUUAGAGAAAAUGUGCCGCUCGCUGGAGGAUCAACUGAACGAGGUGAAAACUAAAGAGGAAGAGCAUCAGAGGCUCAUCAGUGAUCUGUCCAGUCAGAGAGCUCGACUGCAGUCAGAAAACGCUGAAAUGUCUCGUCAGCUUGAAGAAAAAGAGUCUUUAAUGUCACAGUUAACCCGCGGGAAACAGGCGUUCAUUCAGCAGAUAGAGGAGCUGAAAAGACUCCAUGAGGAGGAGGGGAAGGCGAAGAGCGCUCUGGCUCAUGCUCUGCAAUCGUCUCGCCAUGACUGCGAGCUGCUCAGGGAGCAGUACGAGGAGGAGCAGGAGGCCAAAGCCGAGCUUCAUCGCUGCCUGUCCAAGGCCAACAGCGACGUGUCUCAGUGGAGAAACAAAUAUGAGACGGACGCUAUCCAACGUACCGAGGAGCUCGAGGAGGCCAAGAAGAAGCUGGCGCUGCGUCUGCAGGAAGCAGAGGAAGCGGUGGAGGCGGUGAACUCCAAAUGUUCAUCUCUGGAGAAGACGAAGCAGCGUCUGCAGGGGGAGGUGGACGAUUUAAUGAUGGACGUGGAGAGAUCGAAUGCUGCUGCAGCUGCUCUGGACAAGAAGCAGAGAAACUUUGACAAGGUUCUGUCUGAGUGGAAGCAGAAGUACGAGGAGGGUCAAGCGGAGCUGGAGUCGGCCGUCAAAGAAGCUCGAGGUUUGGGAACGGAGAUCUUUAAGAUGAAGAAUGCCUUCGAGGAAUGUCUGGAACAACUGGAGACGCUCAAGCGAGAAAAUAAAAACUUGCAGCAGGAAAUUAUGGAUCUGACAGAGCAGCUGGGAGAGACGGGGAAAACCAUCCAUGAGCUGGAGAAGUCGAAGAAACAAGCCGAGCAGGAGAAACUGGAGGCUCAGACGUCUCUGGAGGAGGCUGAGGCCUCCCUGGAGCACGAAGAGUCCAAGAUCCUGCGAGUCCAGCUGGAGCUGAACCAGGUGAAAUCGGAGGUUGACAAAAAGGUCGCAGAGAAAGACGAGGAGAUCGAGCAGCUGAAGAGAAACAGCCAGAGGAUCGUCGACACCAUGCAGACGAACCUGGACGCCGAGGUCCGCAGCAGGAACGACGCUCUGAGACUGAAGAAGAAGAUGGAGGGCGACCUGAACGAGAUGGAGAUCCAGCUGAGCCACGCCAACAGACAGGCUGCCGAGUCCCAGAAACAGCUGAGGAACCUACAGGGACAACUCAAAGAAGUACAGAUUCACUUGGACGACGCUCUGAGGAGCAGCGAGGACAUGAAGGAGCAGGUGGCGCUGUCGGAGAGACGGAGUAACCUCCUGCAGGCGGAGAUGGAGGAGCUCCGAGGGGCUCUGGAGCAAACGGAGAGGAGCCGCAAGCUGGCAGAGCAGGAGCUGCUGGACGCCAGCGAGAGGCUGCAGCUGCUGCACGCACAGAACACCAGUCUGCUGAACAGUCGGAAGAAGCUGGAGGCUGAUCUGUCGAAUAUUCAGGCUGAGAUGGACGACAGCGUUCAGACAGCGAGGAACGCUGAGGAGAAAGCUAAAAAGGCCGUCACUGAUGCGGCCAUGAUGGCUGAGGAGCUGAAGAAGGAGCAGGACACGUGUGCGCACCUGGAGAGGAUGAAGAAGAACCUGGAGGUGACGGUGAAGGACCUGCAGCAGCGACUGGACGAGGCCGAAAACAUCGCCAUGAAGGGCGGGAAGAAGCAGCUGCAGAAGCUGGAAGCUCGGGUUCGCGAACUGGAGACCGAGGUGGAAGCUGAACAGAGACACGGAUCAGACGCUGUGAAAGGAGUGCGUAAACUGGAGCGCAGGAUUAAAGAGCUCACCUAUCAGUCUGAUGAAGAUAAGAAGAACAUGAUGAGGCUGCAGGAGCUGGUGGACAAACUGCAGCUGAAGGUCAAAGUGUACAAGAGACAAGCUGAGGAGGCUGAGGAGCAGGCCAACACUCACCUGUCAAAGCUGAGGAAGGUGCAGCACGAGUUGGAGGAGGCCGAGGAGCGAGCCGACAUCGCAGAGUCUCAGAUCAACAAGAUGAAGGUGAAGAGUCGAGACCUGAACAAGAAUAAAGACAGCGGAGAGUAGUCUCUGGUCGCCAUGGUGACGAUCAAGUCUGCUGUGUGUGUAAGAUAGUCUGCAACAUACUCUUAACAUGUAUUUAUCUAUUUUGCUUUGAAAGUCUUCAUGUGCUUGAGUCAUCCUUCAAAUUAUUCUAUUUCCUGGACGUUCUGAAGUGCGACCAGCAGAUUUAAAAACAGAAGUAUGUUUAUAUAUACUAAGCUAGGCCUGCUGUGAUCUGUUGUCUUGCUUUUCACACACACAAAAUGUGAAUGGAAUUGUAUUGUUUGAAUAAGAAACCAACACUAGAGGGCGCCAAACAAACUUUUAAUCUCUACAUUGUGGUUUUAAAAAAGGAUAGUUAAUAAUGAUGAUGGUGUUGUUGUGUAGCUGAUGUAUGUUGCCUUCAUUAUAAUAAAUA